AGCGUCGCGGUCUCACUUCGCGCGCACUUACUCAACACUUACUCCACUGCGACUUCACAAAUCGCUGGAUAUCUCCAGGUUCCUUGUCGCUAAAACGACCUGAAACGCAACCACCUAUCACGAUGGCCAAUUGGCUAGACGAUCCCGACCUCGCGCUCAACGGGCCACGCGCAGGACCAUCCUUCAUCGAGCGUGCGCGACACGCACCAGAUGACGACGACUACCCCAUCCCUGACAACUUUGGGAGACCAGAUCCGAACUUGCUCGGACUGGAAGAGGAAGAAGAGACGCCAUUCCAGCAACUCAUCCGGCAUUGGAUGAACGAACGCCAGGCGCCUGACAUAUUGCCCGGCCAGGAGAUGUUGCUCGGAAGGAUAUUGGAUCAUGUUAGGAAACAGUCCGACGAUGUGCAGCUCCUCCGCGCGGAUCCCGACUCUUCCGAGGACGAACACUUUCGCAUCAUGUUAGUCCAAACGGAGAUCGAGCGCGUCAAGUUUGUCGUGCGGUCAUACAUCCGGACGCGUCUCUACAAGAUUGAGAAGUACGCGCGCUGGAUAAGCGCCACUCCAGAAGUGCACGAGAAGUUGUCGAAGGCCGAGCUAGACCAUGCGAGGAGAUUCGCGCGAUUGAUGGAGUACCACUUCAACCAGUCCGUUUUGCAAAGUCUUCCGCCACAGCAGCGUUCGCUGGAGGACGAGAUGGCUUUCAUGCCACCCAUGAUUCCGGAACCUGACAAGCUCCGACCUGUCUUCGUGCGCGCCCGCCAGGAAUGUCCCCCGGUGCGACUACCAGAUGGUACAUCGAUUGCAAUGGAGAAGGGGCGAAUAUCUUUGACGCCCUUCUACGUCGUAGAGCAGUUACUCUUGCGAGGGGAAGUAGAAUUGGUAUGAUCCGUGUACCACGGCAGAUUACACGUCAUGUUGUUCGCUCUCUGUUGGGUGUCGCGCUAUCCAUGCUAUGUUCAGACGUUCAGACUCUCCGACGCGUUGAUCCACCGAUA